UUCAUAGAAUAGUAGGCUAAUUGACAACUAAAAAUCCACAUGUAUAGUACUUAUAUAGUUCAAAACCCGCACCAUUGUGACUUGGGCAUUAUUUACUUUGUUAAACAUGGCAAAAAUGUAUCUAUUUCGCAAACUGUCCGAGCUCAGUCAGCAGCAAGUGGAUGUCUGUGAGGAGGCCGCAUCGAGUGUACUGGACGAUGUGUUCAAGGGCAAAGCCAGCACCAUAUUCAGCUAUGGCCAUUGGCCGAUUGGCGAGAGACGUAGCAGCAAGGUGGACGUGGUGGAUCGCAUUUUGUGCAAGCUAUUUGGCCAUGUUUGCACCAUGCAGGUGACGAUGCAGAUCAACGUAUCCAUUAGUCAUAUGCAACAGCAUGUGGCAAAGGAUCACUUGACGGGCACACAGGAGAAGCACUUUGUCGCCUCGCCCCAUGAUGUCUAUGCGUAUAUAGAGAGGGUCAUUGGGCAGCUGCAGCAGCAAUCGGACGAUGCGAUGCCCACCAAUGACUAUCCCUAUGCGCUAUUCACCAUAUGCGUGAGGCAGACUAAUUUGGACCGAUCGCUGCAUCUGAACGGCAGCAUCCAGCUCGUCCAUUUGACGGCCGUCGAUAAGUCGGAGAUGAUGCUGCAACUGCACACGCCCAUGGCCUCAUUGCUAAGGAUAAUCAGUGCGCUGGCGAGCAAUACCAAAACGCAUAUCAGGUACUAUAAUAUACGGUUAACGCGAAUCCUCAAGGAUUUACUGGACAGCGAUGAGAGCACUGUGAUAAUCAAUUAUACAACUGCGCCGGAUCCACAAUUCGAUGCAAUUACGGCCAUGGACUGUGCCAAGGUCUGGAAGGCGCUCUACCUGCGGGAGCGCGAAAAAUUCCAUUGCCUGAGCAAUAAGCUAAGCGGUCUAGAGUUCUGGCGCGGCAGCGAUUACAAAUUCCAGCUGGAUGAGCUGCUGGAGUUGCUGAAGAAGAACAACACCCGCAUUCAGCUGGAAUUCGAAUUUCCGAACCAACGCAACACCUACACUCAAUGCAAGACCAAUACCAGCCCAUUGUGCCAGCUGCAGCAGGCAACAAUAUUCGCUGACGAGGAGGAGAUGGAGGCGAGUCGGCUGUCCGAUCAGCUCAGGCACAUCAAGACCGAUGCGGAAGCCAGCCUUGAGGAGAUGCUGGAAGUGCGGCACAUUGUCACACAGCUGGCCAUCAGCCACGAGCAGAAUAGCGAGCAGCUGAAGCAGAAAACCCAAAUGUUGGACCGUCUGCAUCUCAGGCUGGCGAAGAGCAACAGGAAGCUGCAGAAGCAGCGUCUCAAAUUUAAGCGCAAGCUGGCCAAGUACUCGAAUAUGUUUGAGCUUUUGUGGACACAUCAGCGCAGGGAGCAGCAAGUGCAGGAGCAGCAGCGACAGGCGCAGCUAUCGAAGGUGCUGGACGACAUCUACCUAGAGCUGCAUAGCACGCAGCUGCUGGAGAGCAGCGAUAGCCAAUCUGUAGGUUAGAUGUCUCGCUCCGUCUGUUGCACUCUCUGCCGCUCUCCAUGUGUAUCGCAUCUGUCUCUGACUGUACCUCGCUCCCACUGCCGCUCUCUCGCUCUCUCUCUCUCUCUGCCCCUAUAUGUGGCAGUCAAUUAAUGUUAAACGUAUCGAAUACUUUAUGCACUUAAAGGUCAGCGAACAGCCAGCAGAUGCUGUUCCGCUGCAACUGCAGAGCACCGGCUGGCAACCUGGGCAGUCACGAAGUCUACUUGACCCCCCACCCACCCAUCCCUUUGACAGUGCUCCUCCCGCACUCGGCUGAGCCGAUGGGGUGGGGGCCUAUGUAGCCGUGCAUCUUUGCCAUUUAAACUGACAGCGACUCAGAGUGCCCGCAAGUUAACAAAUGGCUGAUGUUUUGUCUUUGCGUCUCUCUUCUCUUCUUUAAGGCUUUCGGAAUACUCGUGGCCCUAUGGCGGCCACUCUAAAUUGUCUAUUUUACAACGUAAUAUGCGCGUGUAUCGAAUAAAAUUUUAUCAAUUUGAUGCUGUGAAAAGUUGAAAAUCAA